AAGUAAAAAGAGGACAAGGACUGUCUGAGUCAUUUAUUUCAAAUAUCUGCCGUAGAAGCAAGAUCAGGAGAAGAAACCUUUGGCAGUAGUUCUAGUAGAGGUGACUGGGCAAUCUCAUGGACUUAACUUAAAAAUUACAUUUUUUUUUUCUUUUAUUGAACAUUUAAUCAAGUGUUCUUAAGAUUCACACAGAAUAGUCCAAUGGUUUUAAACACCAUACAGGACCAGUAGCUUAAUAUCCAGCUAUAUCUGUUCCAAGUGGAGUUGAUAGCUUGAGAAUAGACCAAAGAAUGACCGCAAAGGCAAGUUUAAAAUUCAGCUUUGUGUGAGUUGUGUUUUUCUGGUUUUGAGAAGUUUAAGUUCAGUUUCAAAGUUUUCCUUUUUUUCCUGAGAGUCUAGAAGGGUGUAGACACAGUUUGAUACAGUAACACCCUGAAGAUGUAUCCUUCUGAGAAGUUCGAGUCACAUCUUCUAGUGGUGGCUCUUGGGAUGUUCUUGAUCGCCCUACCCAGGGCACAAGGGGCAUCUUGCGAACCAGUGAGAAUUCCCAUGUGUCAGUCAAUGCCUUGGAACAUGACUAAAAUGCCCAACCAUCUCCACCACAGCACCCAAGCCAAUGCCGUCCUCGCUAUUGAGCAGUUUGAAGGCUUGCUGGCCAUUGACUGUAGCAAGGACCUGCUUUUCUUCCUUUGUGCAAUGUAUGCACCCAUUUGUACCAUCGACUUUCAACAUGAGCCUAUAAAGCCAUGUAAAUCGGUUUGCGAGAGGGCCAGGACGGGCUGUGAGCCGAUUUUGUUCAAAUAUGGACACACCUGGCCAGACAGCUUGGCUUGUGAGGAGCUACCAGUCUAUGACCGAGGAGUUUGCAUCUCCCCUGAAGCCAUCAUAACCGUUGACCAGGGAACUGAAUCAAUGCCCGACUUUCCAAUGGACUCAAACAAUGGAAAUUGUGGUGGAGCAGCAAGUGAGCAUUGUAAGUGUAAACCCAUGAAAGCGUCUCAAAAGACAUACAUCAAGAAUAAUUACAAUUAUGUAAUUCGAGCAAAAGUUAAGGAGGUCAAAGUAAAAUGCCAUGAUGUCACUGCUGCCGUAGAAGUGAAGGAGAUUCUGAAAUCGUCAUUAGUGAAUAUUCCUAAAGAUACAGUGACAUUGUAUGCCAACUCUGGCUGCAUGUGCCCACAGCUGGUAGUCAACGAGGAAUAUAUAAUCAUGGGCUAUGAAGACAAAGAGCGUACCAGGCUUCUCUUGGUGGAAGGGUCUCUUGCUGAAAAAUGGAGGGAUCGUCUAGCUAAAAAAGUUAAGCGCUGGGAUCAAAAACUCCGUCGUCCCAGAAAGACCAAAGCCCCUGCUACUCAAACCACCAAUAAAAACGGGAACUCAAGACAAACGUCUAGUUAGACUAACAGAGAGGUGUCUGUAAAAUUCUGUGGACUUUUGUACUGAGAUUUGCAAUGUUGGAGCAUCAAAGAAGAAAUUGCACUAUUGCACGUUAUAAUCUAUUGUUUACUGCAAAAUCUUGUCAGAAUUGAUUGUAGUUUUUUUCUCUCUUUUAUAAUUAUAUUUUGCACGAGUUCCUUCACAA